UUGAAGCUAUCUAAGAGCUUCACAAGUCCUAAAGAAGAUGUUGCUGAACUGAGGAGAGGGCCAUGGACUCUUGAAGAAGACACUCUCCUUGUUCAUUACAUUGCUCGUCAUGGCGAAGGCCGAUGGAAUUUGCUAGCUAAACGUGCAGGGUUAAGGAGAACCGGGAAGAGUUGCAGAUUGAGAUGGCUAAACUAUCUAAAGCCAGAUGUUAAGCGAGGAAAUCUUAGUCCACAAGAACAACUCUUGAUUCUUGACCUCCAUUCCAAGUGGGGCAAUAGCGAUGUUCAUGACCAUUGGCUUGCUCAUACAUGGCAUAGGUGGUCAAAAAUUGCACAACAUUUGCCAGGCAGAACUGAUAAUGAAAUCAAGAACUACUGGAGAACUAGAGUGCAGAAACAAGCAAGGCACCUUAAGAUAGAUGUCAAUAGCACAGCAUUUCAGGAUAUAAUUAGGUGUUUUUGGAUGCCAAGAUUGCUUCAAAAGAUAGGAGGAUCAUCAACUUCUUCAUCAGCCAUGCCAUCCCUAAGCCCAGCAGUGUCUCAGCCCAUCCUCAAUUAUGCUCCUCAGCUUUCUUCAACGUUCACACCAGCACUACCUCCAUUACAACAAGAAGCUCAUCUUGACGUGAGUGUGACAAUGCAUGGUUUGGAGCAUCAUGACCAAACCUCAGACUCAGAGCAUGGCACAAGUUCAUGCAUUUCUUCUGCAGAAUCAAUGAAUGUCUCACACAUGUCUCAAUUAUCAGAAUACCCUACAAGUCCCUUUCAAGCUUUAGGUAACAACAGUGACUACAGCACCUUGGUGAAGGAUGGCUAUUACGUUGACAGCAAUUGCUAUGACAUGGAAGCCAUCGACCUAGCAACCAUGUCAAUGCCCGGAGAGCUUGGAAUAUCAGCUGGCGAUCGCCACAUGGCAGAUGAUAAUUGGGCUGGAUGCGAUUUUGGAGAUACCAUGUGGAACGUGGAUGAAUUAUGGUAA